AUGGCUUCACUGACAGCAACGGUAUCGCUUCAUAACCUCGUGAAGCUCUGUUGUAAAAGGAAUUCAACGAGCAAAGUAUUUGUUUCGUUGUAUAAUCAAUUAGAGGAAAAAUUACCUAUUAAAGAUAAUGAUUAUUUGUCGAACCUAUUACAACCAGAUAUAAAGAAUAAGUCUAAAAGAGAAAGAGAUUUGAGAACAGAAUAUGUCUUAGCAUUGUCAAUAUCCUCUGAGAGUCAAUUGGAGAAAUUCUGGAAAUUUUUGCCUGAAAUAGUUUUGGAAAAUCAAAUACGCUACUUGAUCGAAUUAAACAAUAUUUUACUAUCCAAGUCAAAUAUAGAAAGACCUUCUGGUGAUAUAUACAAAGAAAUCGUAAAUAAUUGUUUUUUCAAAUAUACUUCCAGUUAUGUAUCAAGUUUGAUUCCAGUCAUUUCGGCCGCUCAAGUUUCCUUGUUAAAUCAUAUAAUAGUGGUAUGGUGCUCAGUAAUUAGGAGAUUAUCUUUUCAUUUAAACACUAGUGCUUUCAAACAAUUAGCGGUCAGAAUUGUAUCCCUUUUGACAGAAUGUGACUUACAAAACUUGUUAAAUUAUUUCAUAUCAAAUACUUCAUCGAUAUUGAAUACAGACGACUUGCAAGUUGACCUGAUUCAGAAUUCAGAUGAUAAGAAGAUUGCAGCAAUUAGAAGUACAACCACAAUACAAUUAGUCAAUAAUAUAUCAUCAAUAAAUCCAAAAUCUAGAAAAGCAACUCAGUUGAAUAUUAUCAAAAGGUAUCUUUGGUUGAAUUCUAUCAUGAAGAACUGGAAAUUUAAUAAUGGUGUUUUUUUGAAACAGUUCGAGCAGAAUUUCCUACCUAAUUCUCUGAAUAAUUUAAAGAAGCCUUACGUUCUUGCCUUUGAAUUAAUGUGCGCCUUAUUCAGAGGCAUUGUUACUUCAAUUUGCUCGAAUGAAUCGAAGUACGUUUUAUUUAACUGGAAAAAUUUUAUAAUCACUAGACUUCCAACUUUAUUAAAUGGCAUUAAAUUUACUACGCAGCAUGUUGCACCUACCUCCCAUGAUUCAAGUCCUAAACAGGAAUCUUUGGAUGAUGCAAUAAUAAAUGCAUUUGAAUCUUUUGAAGACCCGGUUAACAAAGUUUUAACACAAUUCAGCAUCGAUAAUUUGUCUAUUUGUGACCUUCGCCAGACGUUUAUAAAGAGUUGUAUAUACAAUAAGCGUGGGUUCAUAUCAUAAAAUAUUUGCGAUUGAAAAUACAAUAACAGACCAAUUCUUGAAUAAUGGUAUUAAUCAAGUUGGUCAAAUAACGUCAAUUAGAGAUGAGUUCGAAAAAAAAUUAUUGAAUAUUAAUACUGAGUUCACAACUUUGGAAGAUUCGGGGUUAAUCGAAUACAUAAAUUCCUUACCUAGUUUAGUAGAAUUCCUGGCAACUAAACAGUUGGAACUAAGUGAAACGGUUGAUCGAGUAAUCGAGCAUUUAAUUGAUGAGAAAAAUAUCGAAAAGUUAUAUAGAUUGCUAUUAUCUGUUUGCAAUAAUCUUACAACUUUGAAUUUAAUCUGUUUUAAUUCGAAUUGCGGACCCUUUUCGAUAUUAUAUAAGUUGAUCAAUUAUAUUGACAAUGAAGAUUUUAACGUUGACGAUGACGAUAAUUUCCAAGAGACUUAUGCCUUCUUCGGAAUUAUUAUUCUUUCUAUACUCCUAAUUAUUGAAACCUUUAAAAUUGAUUAUUCUCAAAUUUCAAUUAAUAAUUCUUAUAUUAUUGAUUACAUAAAUGAAUUCUACUACAGGUUAUGUGAUAAUUUGACGAACAUAUCAACUUCAAAUUCGGAAGAAGACAAUACAAUAAUUUCAAAUUACAAUGAUUUAAUUAGUGACUGGAUUAAUGCGUUGUUUGAUGAUAAUAAUGAUGGGCUUUCUGAUGACUUAAUUAAAUCAGUCAAUGUCAAACAAAUUUAUAAAAUGAUUCCUAUUAUAUAUCAACAAUCAAUUAUUGCUACCAAUUCGAAUAAAAUUGACAUUAAGAUAUUAAAUAAUGGAAUUGAUUACUUGUCGCAGAUGUUUUUGAUCCCUUGUACUUUAAAUAUCAUUAAAUGGUUAUUGAGGAAAAUUUGGGCUGAUGAUCCAACUUUAGACUGUUUGCCUGUUCAAGUUUUGCAUGAAUUAAUUAAAUCUAAUAUGGGCGAAAAUGAUGAGCCAACGAGUGAAUCGAAGCUAUUUUUUCAAAUAGUGUUGAAGAUAAGUGGUAAUUCGAUAAUAUCAACCUUAAAGAAGUUAAAGAAUUGGGAGAAUUCUAAUUUAAUCAAGGGCAUAAUUGAAAAGGUAAGCAAUAGUGUCGAUCCAAUGUAUUUGGAGAAUGGUUUGAGCUUAGAGUUAAAUGAGAGAGUCAGUUUGUGUGAACAACUUAAAACGAACGUGAUUACUUUAGUCAAUAAUGGGAACAUUUAUGACUAUCAAUUUUUAAAUAUAUUCUCUUCCGUUGAUAAGGACAACGAAUUGAUGAGAUAUAUUGUUGAGGAAAUAACUUCAUAUCAAAAGACAAGUGGCGGAAAUGAAGAUACUAAGCUAUUCAUUAACCUAUCAAUAUUCAUGAUAUUGCUCAACGCUAUUGAUACUGAUGAUGACAAGCAAUAUUGGAUUAAACGUAUUAAGGACUCUAUGGUUCCUGUUAAUUGCAAUAGCUCAGGUGAGAAUAGAUUUGAUAUACUGAUGGAUUAUCAUUAUUCUAGUAUUUUUAACAAUUCAGAUGAAACAUCUAAUAAUGAUUAUUUGUUUAGUGGUGAAAAUAAUAAUUCUUCUGUAGAAAUUGAGGGUUUGAAACGCAAAAUUGGAAGGCAUGAAAGCUUGUUGAACAGUUUCAAUAAAAACAAGGAGCUUUGCGAUACUGAAGUUCAAUCUACAUUUGUGAAAUCGUUAAGAACAUUUAGGGAUAAAUUGAUAAAUGAAUUAGAAGUUUUUACACUCAAUGUUUAG